CUGGGGACUAUCCAUUUGCGAUCAAGCCUUGAAUUUGAGCUUCAAUGGCGAAAUUCUUGGUUUUGGUGGUGUGGCUGCUGGGUUUCUGGAUUGAAUUUGGAUGGGGUCGGAAACUGGGGAUGGAGGCUCCGUUCAGGAUCCACACGCUGUUCUCAGUCGAGUGCCAGAACUACUUCGAUUGGCAGACGGUUGGAUUCAUGCGAAGCUUCAAGAAGGCCCAACAGCCCGGGAAGGUGACCCGACUGCUAAGCUGUACGGACGAGGAGAAAAAGACCUAUAGAGGGAUGAAAUUGGCUCCGACCCUUGAGGUGCCAUCCAUGAGCAGACAUCCAAGAACUGGGGACUGGUAUCCUGCAAUUAACAAACCUGCUGGAAUUGUCCACUGGCUCAAACAUAGUAAAGAUGCAGAGAACGUUGAUUGGGUUGUGAUUUUGGAUGCAGACAUGAUCAUUCGAGGUCCAAUUAUACCUUGGGAACUUGGAGCAGAGAAAGGCAGACCUUUUGCUGCAUUAUAUGGUUACUUGGUUGGAUGUGACAAUAUCCUGGCCAAAUUGCACACAAUGCACCCAGAGCUCUGUGACAAGGUUGGUGGGCUUUUAGCCAUGCACAUGGAUGAUCUUCGAGCUCUAGCACCAUUUUGGCUUUCCAAGACUGAAGAAGUCCGUGAAGAUAAAGCACAUUGGGCAACCAACAUAACAGGUGACAUCUAUGGAAAAGGGUGGAUUAGUGAGAUGUAUGGUUAUUCAUUUGGAGCAGCAGAGGUUGGACUUCGACACAAGAUCAAUGAUAACUUGAUGAUCUACCCAGGCUAUAUUCCACGAGAGGGCGUUGAACCUAUUCUUCUUCAUUAUGGCUUGCCAUUUACUGUUGGAAAUUGGUCUUUCAAUAAAUUAAAUCACCAUGAAGAUGAUAUUGUUUAUGACUGUAACCGGCUUUUUCCUGAACCUCCAUAUCCUAAAGAAGUGAUGUCAAUGGAAUCUGAUCCAAAUGACAGGCGGGCUUUAUUUUUAAGCAUUGAGUGUAUUAAUACUUUGAAUGAGGGUCUUCUUUUACAACACACUGCAAAUGGAUGCCCUAAGCCAAAGUGGUCAAGAUAUUUAAGCUUUUUGAAGAGCAAGACUUUUGCCGAGCUUACUAGGCCAAAAUUGCUAACUCCCUAUAGUAUACAAACAAGGGAGACUGAAAAUCAGAAGGUGGCUGAUGAACCCAGCAGACCAUAUCCAAAAAUCCACACCCUAUUUUCCACAGAAUGUACACCAUACUUUGACUGGCAGACUGUAGGACUUAUGCACAGUUUCCAUGAAAGUGGCCAGCCUGGAAACAUUACAAGGCUUCUCAGCUGCACAGAUGAACAAUUAAGACAUUAUAAAGGUCAUGACCUAGCACCUACUCACUACGUCCCUUCAAUGAGUGAACAUCCACUAACAGGCGACUGGUACCCAGCAAUUAACAAACCAGCUGCUGUUGUUCAUUGGCUUAAUCAUGCAAAUAUUGAUGCAGAGUUUAUAGUUAUUCUUGAUGCUGACAUGAUCUUGAGAGGACCAAUUACCCCAUGGGAGUUUAAAGCUGAACGUGGCCGACCAGUUUCUACUCCCUAUGACUACCUUAUUGGUUGUGACAAUGAGCUUGCAAGACUUCAUACUCGCCAUCCUGAAGCUUGUGACAAAGUUGGAGGUGUUAUCAUCAUGCAUAUAGAUGAUCUCAGGAAAUUUGCUUUGAUGUGGUUGCUUAAAACAGAGGAGGUCCGGGCUGACAGGGCUCAUUAUGCCAAAAACUUCACUGGAGAUCCAUAUGAAGCUGGGUGGAUCAGUGAAAUGUAUGGCUACUCAUUCGGUGCUGCAGAGUUGCAGUUACGCCACCUCAUACAUCGGGAGAUAUUGAUUUAUCCAGGCUAUAUUCCUGAACCUGGUGUCAACUAUAGAGUUUUCCACUAUGGCUUAGAAUUUAAAGUCAGGAAUUGGAGCUUUGACAAGGCUAACUGGAGAGAUGUCGACUUGGUGAACAAAUGCUGGGCUAAGUUUCCAGACCCACCUGAUCCUUCAACACUCGAUCCAACUGAUAAGCACAUUUAUCAGCAGGACCUGCUUAGCAUAGAAUGUGCAAAAAAGCUAAAUGAAGCACUGUAUUUGCACCAUAAGAGGAGGCAAUGCCCUGAUCCCAGUUCCAUUUCUGCCUCAAAGUUGGAUAACACGACUGAUAUUACAACUUCUAGGAGGUCUGGGGGCAACGAGGACAUAAGAAGCAAUCCCAUGACUGAAAAUCAGGUCCAGGAAGCAUCUCAAUCCACUCCUAAAGAUGGGCUCUUUAAAACUUUGAGGCUCUGGAUUGUUUUCUUAUGGGUGUUUUCUGGAUUAGGCUUUGUGGCAGUCAUGUUGGUUCUAUGUUCGGGUCAUAGAAAAAAGGGAUCAAGAGGUAAAAAAGGCAGGAGAAAAUCUUAUCCACGAUUAUUGGAUAUAAGUGUGCGUGAUAGGCAUCCACCUGUUUCUGAGGUAUCUUUAUGACAGUAAAAUCCGCAUAGAAAAGUGCAAUUGUUUGUAAAGGCAGUUACUUGCCCGAGCAGAAUAUAAUUGAAUUAUGAGACAAACAUAUUGAAGUUGAGAAGCACUACUAGGAGAUGGAAAUGACUUUCAUUUGGCAGUGAAAGAAUGGACAAUUUUCUCGAUUUCUCACAAGUAAAUUUUGAUCACUGAAUUGUUCCAACGUAGUUAGAAGGAAAGAAAAACAGUGAAGUAUUAGAUUAGACAGGUACCUGUAUCUCCUUUGUUCUUUCUGUUUCUUCUUCUUUUUUUUUUUUUUUAAAUUUUUUAUUUUUCUGGUGUUGCAACAUGUAUUCCCACAAUAACUGUAUUGCUUGUGUUUGUGCUUCUAUGUUCAGAACACGGUUUCUGUUUUUUCCUGUUCAUUUUCUGCUCCUCUUUCUUACAGCCUCCGGUGACACAGCCUGCAUCACUAUCUCCUGGAAAACUGCCUACUCCCAGCGGGGGAAGCACUGUCAAAACCAAAAAACUCUCAUCCUCGUAAGAUGUCUUCAAUUAAGAACAUCAAAUCAAAGCUAAUGCAGGAA